UAUGGGACAACCCCUCUUAGUUUGACUCUCGACCAUUGGACUGAAGUUAAAUUCAGGGCUCAUAAUUUGUCAGUUCAGGUUAAGAAGGGACCUUGGCAGACUUUCUGUGCCUCUGAAUGGCCGACAUUCAAUGUUGGAUGGCCAUCAGAGGGGACCUUUAAUUCUGAGAUUAUCCUGGCUGUUAAAGCAAUUAUUUUUCAGACUGGACCCGGCUCUCAUCCCGAUCAGGAGCCCUAUAUCCUUACGUGGCAAGAUUUGGCAGAGGAUCCUCCGCCAUGGGUUAAACCAUGGCUGAAUAAACCAAGAAAGCCAGGUCCCCGAAUUCUGGCUCUUGGAGAGAAAAACAAACACUCGGCUGAAAAAGUCAAGCCCUCUCCUCAUAUCUACCCUGAGAUUGAGGAGCCGCCGGCUUGGCCAGAACCCCAAUCUGUUCCCCCACCCCCUUAUCCGGCACAGGGUGCUGCGAGGGGACCCUCUGCCCCUCCUGGAGCUCCGGCGGUGGAGGGACCUGCUGCAGGGACUCGGAGCUGGAGGGGCACCACCCCGGAGCGGACAGACGAGAUCGUGACAUUACCGCUGCGCAAGUACGGCCCUCCCAUACUGGGGGGCCAAUUGCAGCCCCUCCAGUAUUGGCCCUUUUCUUCUGCAGAUCUCUAUAAUUGGAAAACUAACCAUCCCCCUUUUUCGGAGGAUCCCCAACACCUCACAGGGUUGGUGGAGUCCCUUAUGUUCUCUCACCAGCCUACUUGGGAUGAUUGUCAACAGCUGCUGCAGACACUCUUCACAACUGAGGAGCGAGAGAGAAUUCUGUUAGAGGCUAGAAAAAAUGUUCCUGGGGCCGACGGGCGACCCACGCAAUUGCAAAAUGAGAUUGACAUGGGAUUUCCCUGA